AUGGGCUCCAAAACACCUGAUGACCAGAUUCCUGGAGGCAAUGGCGGUCCACUCUCAGCCAGCUCUUCCUCCGCCGGCGGGGAACCUCGCGGCGCACACCUCUCCCGCGAUGGUGAUGCCAGUCUUGGAGACCAGGGCGAUGACGAUGACGACGAAGCAGACAAUGAUGACGUUGGCUCCAGACCCUUGAAGACUGAUGACGGCCCAAAGAAGAAGAAAAAGAAGCCAAAGAAGAAGAAGAAGAAGUCUGCUGCCGUUAAAAAGCAGCAGUCAUCGCCCCCGAGGGUGCCGCUGACCGACAUCUUCCCUUCCGGGGAAUACCCAGCCGGCGAGUAUCUCGCCUACGACAAGGCCCCUCCCGCGACCGUGAACACGUCCCGCACGACAGCCGCGGAGCUGCGCUACCUGAGCCGCCGGCACCUCGAAGACCCGGAGCUACUCAACGACUACCGCAAGGCCGCCGAGGUGCACCGCCAGGUCCGUCACUGGGUCCAGGAGACGGUAAAGCCCGGCUGGACGCUCCUCGAUAUCGCGACUGGCAUCGAGGACGGCGUGCGCUCGCUGCUGGCGAACCAGGGAAUCGAGCCCGGCGACAAUCUACGGUCUGGCAUGGGGUUCCCUACGGGGCUGUGCCUCAACAAUGAGACGGCGCACUACACGCCGAACCCCGGACAGAAGGACGUCGUGCUGCAGUACGGAGACGUCAUGAAGGUUGAUUACGGCGUGCAGGUCAACGGGUGGAUCGUCGAUAGCGCCUUCACCAUGAGCUUCGACCCGACGUACGACAACCUCUUAGCCGCGGCUAGAGAUGCAACGAACUCGGGUAUCAAGGCUGCUGGGAUCGACGUCCGCAUCUGCGACGUCAGCGCCGAGAUCCAGGAGGCGAUGGAGAGCUACGAGGUCGAGAUCCGCGGCAAGACAUACCCUGUCCGGGCGGUGCGCAACAUCUGCGCCCACGACAUCAAGCGCUACCGAAUCCACGGCGGCAAGUCGAUUCCCUUCAUCCGGAACAACGAUCAGACCAAGAUGGAGGAGGGAGAGAUUUUUGCCAUUGAGACGUUUGGGACGACGGGCCGCGGCAAGCUGUAUGACGAUGUCGGCGUCUACGGGUACGGGCUGCAGCAUGACGCUCCCGCGCAGGUGAGGUUGCCCUUCGCCUCUGCGAACCGCCUGUACAAGACAAUCAGGGAGCAGUUCGGGAGCAUUGUUUUCUGCCGACGUUACCUGGGCCGUCUUGGACUGGCGCGCUACUUGGCCGGGUUGAACUGUCUGGUUUCGAACGGCGUACUUGAGUCGUACGCACCGCUGGCAGACAUCAAGGGGUCGUACUCCUCGCAGUUUGAGCAUACGAUCCUGCUGCGGGAGUCCAGCAAGGAGAUUAUGAGUCGAGGAAGUGACUAUUGA